AUGACUACCAUUCAACCCUUCGAGGCAACCGAUCUACUUCGAUUGAACAAUGUCAAUUUAGAUUCUUUGACAGAAAACUUCCCUUUGGAAUUCUACCUGGAAUACCUUAUAUUAUGGCCAGAGCUCUUCUUCGAAAGUCAAGAACUAACUAAGAGAGGAAAAGAUGGUCAAUGCGAGAUUUCAGGAUAUAUGAUGGCCAAAACAGAGGGGAAAGGUAACGACUGGCAUUCGCACAUUACUGCGGUUACAAUAGCACCAGAAUUUCGUCGUAUAUCUCUGGCAUCGGGUCUAUGCAAUACACUUGAAACUAUUACUGAUAAUCAACCACACAAUGUGAAUUUUAUCGACCUUUUUGUCAAGUGCAACAAUAAUUUGGCAAUCAGUCUUUAUGAAAAGUUGGGUUACUCUGUGUUUCGAAGAGUUGUGGGAUAUUACAACUCUUCUGGAGAUUUCUACCCGAAUGCACUAAAUAAGAUUCACGACGACAAGGAUGCGUUCGAUAUGCGUAAAGGAAUGCAGCGUGAUAAGGGACACAGCACGAGAAGUGAUGGUAGAAAACAUCGCUGCUAUCCGCACGAUGUUAGGUUUUGA